AUGAAGAUGGUGGCAGUGGCGGAUGUGUUGGCAGUGGUGUUGGUGCUGGGUGCGCGCUUGUGCAGCGCCCUGUUCUCCAACAUAUCGGACUGCGAUGAGACUUACAACUACUGGGAACCCCUGCACUAUUUGGUGUAUGGCAGUGGGUUUCAGACGUGGGAGUACUCACCGGAGUACGCGCUGAGGUCCUACGCAUACCUCGAUCUCCAUAUUCCAGUGAUCAAGGCUGCACAGGCCAUGGGGCUCUCCAAGGUGUGGGUGUUCUACGCUGUGAGGGUUGCCCUGGCCAUGUUGACGGGCGCCUCUGAGAUCACGCUGUACUUUACGCUGAAGCGCCGCGGAUUCGGACACCAAGUCCCAUUGCUCUUCGUUCUGUUCUCCAGCUUAUCCUGCGGCCUCUUCAUCUCCAGUGCCGCCCUGUUGCCGUCAUCGUUCGCCUUGGCCCUGUCCACGUUUGCUCUCGCUGCCUGGUACCGCCACCAGGACUUUUGGGCUGUUCUGUGCACGGCCAUCAGUGCCAUCGCUGGCUGGCCCUUCGCUGCUGCUCUUGGGCUGCCGAUUGCGGUUGACAUUGUUGUGAUGCGCGGGCGGUUUCUUCCGUUUGUUCGCGAUUGCGUCAUCGCUUUGUGUGUGUGUGUGUGUGCCCCGCUUGUCGCUGCUGAUUCGUACUUGUACGGGCGGUUGGUCAUUGCGCCCCUCAACAUCCUCACUUACAACGUCUUCUCCUCAGAGACAAGCUCCGAGCUUUACGGCACGGAGCCGUGGGAAUUUUACUUCUUGAACGGCGCCCUCAACUUCAAUGUCGCUUUUCCGCUUGCUCUCAUGGCCCCAAUCUUCAUGCUCAUCAUGUCGGCGACAGCAAGUCUUCGUCGCCAGGUGUCGGCCCCGUCCUCCCGCCUCACAGCGUUCCACCUCGCUGGGAUGUGGAUCUGGCUGGCCAUCUUCGUGCCGCAAGCCCACAAGGAAGAGAGGUUCCUGUUCCCCAUCUACACCCUCGUCGCUCUUUCCGCCGCCAUCGCCCUCGCGCGCAUCCAGCAGUUCUGGCGCGCUCUCGCUCCCACCAAACUCCACUUCCUUGGCACGCUUGUGCAAGCUGCUGUCAUCGUGGUGUUUGCUCUCCUCUGUGCAUCCCGCGUUGCCAGCCUCUACAAAAAUUACCACGCCCCGCUGGACGUGUACGCGCGACUGCCAGAUGUCGUUGACACAUCCGCAGCGUCCACGCGCUUGUGUGUCGGCAAGGAGUGGUACCGCUUCCCAAGCUCUUUCUUCCUCCCAUCGCACACGGUUGAGGUUGAGUUUAUUCGUUCGGAGUUCAAGGGUCUGCUGCCCAAACACUACGAAGCAGCCAACGGCACGCGCGUCAUCCCAACACACAUGAACGCCCUCAACAAGGAGGAGCCAAGUCGAUACGUGCCCGUUGAGACGUGCGAUUUCAUCGUGGACUUUGAGAGCGUGGCAACAGCGCCGCUUGAGCCGAAUUACGGCGAUGACGCAUCGUGGACGAGGGUGGCGUGUGCUCCGUUCUUGGACAGCGCAGCGACGACAAACACGCUGGGGCGAACGCUGUAUCUUCCAUUCAAAAAUCUGGACACCGGUGCCGUGUUCCGGGACUAUUGCAUUUACGCAAGACGGACGUGA